AAUCUGACCACUGACCAGAUUGGCGCCCUCUCUCUCUCUCUCUCUCUCUCUCUCUCUCUCUCUCUAUCUCUCUCUCUCUCUCAGUGAAGCUCCUUCAUCCAUGGCGCUACAACUUUGGGAGACUCUGAAGGAAGCCAUGACAGCUUACACGGGACUUUCUCCAGCUGGAUUCUUCACCGUACUUGCCCUUGCCGUCGCCGUCUACCAUGUCGUCUCCGGCUUCUUCGUCUCUUCCGAAGAACACCGGCCUCGGUCAAUGGAAGAGCAGCCGCAGAUGGAUCCUCUCCCGCCUCCGGUUCAGCUCGGCGAGGUCACUGAAGAUGAGCUGAAGCAGUACGACGGCUCCGAUCCCAAGAAGCCCCUUCUCAUGGCAAUCAAGGGUCAGAUCUAUGAUGUUUCGCAGAGCAGAAUGUUCUAUGGACCAGGCGGGCCAUAUGCUCUGUUUGCGGGCAAAGAUGCGAGCCGAGCUCUAGCAAAGAUGUCGUUCGAGGAAAAGGACUUAACAGGGGAUAUCUCAGGUCUCGGUCCUUUCGAGCUGGAGGCUCUGCAAGAUUGGGAGUACAAGUUCAUGAGCAAAUACGUAAAAGUCGGGACUAUCAAGAAUAACAUUCCAGUGACAGAAGAAGGUUCUGAGCCCUCGGGAACAAAGGCCGAAGCAGAGAACGGUCCUUCCAAAAGCACGGGAGAAGAAGCCGAAGCUGAAACUUCUAGUAGCACGGUUGAGGAAACUGCGGAAAACCCGGGAGAGAAGGCCGUGGCGAACGGUGACGCCCACAAGGAGGAGUAAUUGUUUGAAGUUAACCUAAAGCUGAGUCGUAUAUGUCUGUAUCUGGAUCAAAAUGAAGACUGGUACUUAUAGCUCCCGAAAGAAAUAACAGAAGAAUAAGCAUGUCAUUAUGUGGAUGUUUGGUCUGACCAUCUGCGUUAAUUUGGGAUUAAGAGAUUCAUAUAAAACUGGCCUUUUGUAUUGUAUUA